AUGGCUGAGAAAUCCGAAAUCCACCUUUACACAACCCAAACGCCGAACGGCAUCAAGGUAUCAAUCGUUCUGGAGGAGCUGGGUUUGACAUACAAGGCAUGUGGUCAUGAUACCACUCAAAUUGAGUUCAGCAAGAACACGCAGAAGGAGCCUUGGUUCCUUGAGAUCAACCCCAAUGGCCGCAUCCCGGCUUUGACGGAUACGUUUGAAGAUGGGAAGACAAUCCGGCUAUUUGAAAGCGCAUCCAUCAUGCAAUACCUGGUGGAUCGCUAUGAUAAGGACCACAAAAUAUCCUACCCUUACGGCUCUCGAGAGUACUGGGAGGUCAACAACUGGCUGUUCUGGCAAAUGGGAGGACUCGGACCCAUGCAAGGUCAACUGAACCACUUCAACCGAUAUGCGCCUGAGAAGAUCGAAUACGGUAUCAACAGAUACAAGAAUGAGACCCGUCGUUUAUACCGCACGAUGGAUACGGCCUUGGCGUCCUCUUCGUCUGGGUACCUGGUCGGCGAUCGCGCCACCAUUGCCGACUUCUCAUGUUGGGGCUGGGUCGCUGCGGCAGCCAUGGCCGGCGUGGAUAUCAACGAGUUCCCUGCUUUGAAGCAGUGGAGGGAUCGGCUACUUGAACGCCCCGGCCUGGAGAAGGGUCGACAUGUCCCUUCCCCCCACCGGGCCCUGGAGCAGGAGAAGUUGACUGACGAGGAGAUUGAGAAACAGGCCGAGAAGAACAGGGCCUGGGUGCAAGCUGGGAUGAAGAACGAUGCGAAAUAA